GUAAAAAAAAAUACAGUCAUUCAUAUGAUUGGUAGUAGCGUUUGAGAAUAAGGUAGCCAUCUUGAAAUUGUGUAGCAAUAGAUAUUAGUAUUUAAAUAGGUUAAGAAAGGAACAAUAUUACCGUAAAAUUGUGUGAUAUUUUCAAGGAUAACAAGACCAUAAACGAGAACCAUUUUUAACAAAUAUGAAGACAGACGUUAAUGAUCCGUGGUACAAAGCAGAUGCACAAAUCAUAGAGGAUACCGGUGGUGAUAAUUGUUUUGAAGAUUCAUUUUUAGAUAAAUCUUUAUAUGAGCAUGAAAAGUUAUCUGAUUCCGAACAAUAUUUGCAAAAACUUUAUUCAAGGUUAAAGGCGCUUCAAAACAACACAACCAAAAAAGAUCUUGUCAGUUCAUUAUCAGUAGCUAAAGAAGAGUGUAUCGCACGUUUGAUAAACUCUGAACGUAAUUUUGAAUCUGAAGAAGCAGAAUUAGUUGCCAAUCCUUUAAUACGUCAUAUAGUUCCUCAUUUACAGGCAUUGACACCAAGCGAAUUGGUUCAUCUUUUAAAAGCUGAUGUACUUCAAGUAGUCACAGAAACCGUAGAAGAACAGGAAUCCAUUGAUAAUAAUAAAUAAAUAUAUAUAUAUAUAAAUAUU